GGGACGACGCCGUCGCCGUCAUCGGAGAGCGGGGACGCGGGACGGAGAGACGGAGGUACUACGGUCGGACAGGCGGGCGGAGAGACGGGUUGAGACCAGGGCUGACGCUGUGGCGGAGGCGAGGCUUGGCCUGGUCCGGUUCCGCCGUUGAGAGGCUUGUAGCUGCAGUCCGCCCCGGGGGCUCUGCACCAGUACAAGAUCUACAGCUUUGGAGACUGACAUCUUCUGUCCAUAAAACAGAAUAAUUGCUUCCUGACAUUGCAGUUGGAGAAAUUUAAGACGCUGCCAGUGCCCUUUUUGAGAAGGUGCAGUUUUGGGAGGGGUGUAACCUGUCAUUGUUCAAAUAAGAUAUAUUUGAAAAGUGACCCUCUCUUCAGAUAUGUCAAAAACAAACAAAUCCAAGUCAGGGUCUCGUUCUUCCCGCUCAAGAUCUGGAUCAAGGUCUCGUUCUCGUUCUUUCUCAAAGUCCCGAUCUCGAUCUCGAUCAGUGUCCCGCUCCAGGAAACGCAGACUGAGUUCUAGGUCCCGUUCCAGAUCAUAUUCUCCAGCUCAUAACAGAGAAAGGAAUCAUCCAAGAGUAUAUCAGAACCGAGAUUUCCGAGGUCACAACCGAGGCUAUAGAAGGCCCUAUUAUUUCCGCGGUCGCAACAGAGGCUUUUAUCCGUGGGGCCAGUAUAAUCGAGGAGGCUAUGGAAACUACCGGUCCAAUUGGCAGAAUUAUCGCCAAGCAUAUAGUCCUCGACGGGGCCGUUCUCGAUCCCGGUCCCCAAAAAGAAGGUCCCCUUCACCCAGGUCUAGGAGCCAUUCUAGAAACUCUGAUAAGUCUUCCUCUGACAGGUCAAGGCGCUCUUCGUCUUCUCGAUCUUCCUCUAACCAUAGCCGAGUUGAGUCUUCUAAGCGCAAAUCUGUAAAGGAGAAAAAGUCAUCUUCCAAAGAUAACCGGCCAUCACAGACUGCUGGAGAUAACCAAGGUGAUGAUUCCAAGGAGCAGCCUUUCCCUGGAGGUACCUCUCAGGAUGCUAAACCAUCAGAGAGCUCAAAGCCAUGGCCUGAGGCCACUACCUAUGGUGCUGGCUCAGCAUCAAGAGCUUCUGUGUCUGAGCUGAGCCCCAGAGAGCGUAGCCCUGCCCUCAAAAGUCCUCUCCAAUCAGUGGUGGUGAGGCGGCGGUCUCCCCGCCCUAGUCCUGUGCAGAAACCUAGCCCUCCACUCUCAACAUCAUCUCAGAUGGGCUCGGCUCUGCAGAGCAGCACUGGCUUUCAGGCUGGAGCUCACCAAAGCCAAUUUGAUCAUGGUGCUGGGGGCUUGAGCCCAUCCAAAAAGAGCCCUGUGGGUAAGAGUCCCCCAGCCAUUGGUUCCACAUACGGCUCUUCAUCCCAAAAGGAGGAAGUAUCUGCUCCAGGAGGAGCAGCCUAUUCAAAGAGGUACCUGGAAGAGCAGAAGUCUGAGAAUGGAAAAGAUAAGGAACAGAAACUAACAAAUGUUGAUAAGGAAAAAAUGAAAGAAAAGGGGAGCUUCUCUGAGUUGGGGUUGGGUGAUCCAAAAGCAAAGUCUGACCCAUUUGCUCCCAAAGCUGAUGCAGAGAAACCUUUUCGGGGCAGCCAGUCCCCCAAGAGAUAUAAGCUCCGAGAUGAUUUUGAGAAGAAGAUGGCUGAGUUCCACAAAGAGGAAAUGGAUGAGCAAGACAAGGAGAAGGCGAAGGGCCGGAAGGAGUCUGAGUUUGAGGAUGAACCCAAAUUUAUUUCCAAAGUCAUUGCGGGCACCAGCAAAGGCCAGGAGGAGGAGCGGCCUGGCAAGUGGGAAGGCCUGGUGUACGUGCCCACAGGAAAGGAGAAGCAGAGGAAAGCCGAGGAGCUGGAGGAUGAUGCCUACACUGACCGGCCCAAGAAGGAGGAGCGGGCUCCCACCAAGAGGACCGAGGCCACUGCGCACCGGGGCUUCGUGCCCGAGAAGAACUUCCGGGUGACUGCCUAUAAGGCCCUGCCGGAGAAGAGCUCGUCCCCGCCAGCCCCACCAUCCAGGAAGGCCACCGCCACCACCCCAGCAUCCACCGAGGCCCGUGACAAGUUGGGACCACCCCGAGCUGAGAGCAUGCCCCUGGGCAAGUCCUCCUUCUCCAUCACCCGGGAGGCCCAGGUCAACGUCCGCAUGGACUCCUUCGAUGAAGACCUGGCCCGUCCCAGUGGCUUAUUGGCUCAGGAACGCAAACUAAGUCGAGACCUUGUCCAUAGUAACAAAAAAGAUCAGGAAUUCCGUUCCAUUUUCCAACAUAUACAGUCUGCUCAGUCUCAGCGGAGCCCCUCAGAGCUGUUUGCCCAGCACAUUGUGACUAUUGUUCACCAUGUUAAAGAGCAUCAUUUUGGAUCCUCAGGAAUGACAUUGAAUGAACGUUUUACUAAAUACCUAAAGAGGGGAACAGAGCAGGAUGCAGCUAAAAACAAGAAGAGCCCAGAGAUUCACAGGAGGAUAGAUAUUUCUCCCAGUACGUUCAGAAAACAUGGUUUGACUCAUGACGAGAUGAAAGGCACGCGGGAGCCUGGCUACAAGCCUGAGGGAAAAUACAAAGAUGACCCAGUUGAUCUUCGCCUUGAUAUUGAACGUCGUAAAAAACAUAAGGAACGAGAUCUUAAACGAGAUAAGUCAAGAGAAUCAGUGGAUUCCCGAGAUUCAAGCCACUCACGGGAGAGAUCAACUGAAAAAACUGAGAAAACUCACAAAGGAUCCAAAAAGCAGAAGAAGCAUCGUCGAACACGGGAUCGGUCUCGGUCGUCGUCCUCCUCCUCCCAGUCAUCACAUUCUUACAAAGCAGAGGAGUACACCGAAGAGACCGAGGAGCGGGAAGAGAGCACCACAGGCUUUGACAAAUCCCGGCUGGGGACCAAAGAUUUUGUGGGUCCAAGUGAGAGAGGAGGCAGAGCUCGAGGGACCUUUCAAUUUCGAGCUAGAGGAAGAGGCUGGGGCAGAGGCAACUACGCUGGCAAUAACAGCAGUGGCAGCAAUGAUUUCCAGAAGAGGACCCGAGAGGAGGAAUGGGACCCAGAAUAUACACCCAAAAGCAAAAAAUAUUACCUGCACGAUGACCGAGAGGGUGAAGGCAGCGAGAAAUGGGUGAGCCGAGGCCGGGGCCGGGGCGCCUUUCCUCGGGGCAGGGGCAGAUUCAUGUUCCGGAAAUCCAGCACCAGCCCCAAGUGGGCCCAUGACAAGUUUAGCGGAGAAGAAGGCGAGAUUGAAGAUGAUGAGAGUGGGGCAGAAAACCGAGAGGAGAAGGACAAUUUACAGGCAUCCGCUGAGUAAAGAUCCCCCGGAGGGCAACCACCCCCAAGGGAGGGAGGCAUCUAGCACUGGCUGGGGAGAUGUCCCAGAAAGACUGAAGAGCUGAAGAGAGGAUCCUCUAAAAUACACCCCAAAGGCCCCCACCCCACCUCCACCCCAGACUAGAGGGGAACCAUCCCUGGCCUGUCCACUCAGAGCUGUCUGUGCAGGCUGGCUGCGGGAGGGCCCAGCUCUCCACCCUUAACCAGAAGUAGGGCUUUUUGGUUGUUUCUUGCUUGUUUGUAUGGGAAUGGGGUGGGGCAUAGGCUAUGAAAACUUGUUUGGAUUUCAGUCUGUGUCCCAUUUUGAACCAAGUCUUAUUUUUUAUUUUUUUAUUUAAUUUUAUUUUUCUUUUUCCAGUAUAAGCUGAGAGAUGAGGACUAAUUUGGUUAAUUUUGUUCUCCUCUUCCUCCAUCCCCCUUCCCACCCAUACAGUUUUUUAGAUCUCUAUGCAUACUUAGUAACACUAGCUCUCCAGGUUUAAUUUAGGAAAAUGAUUCUCAAUAACAAAACAUUGGCAUGUCAACUCUGAUUUGGGACCAAGCAGCAUUGAAAAACCUAAUUUUUAGAGCAGCUUUUGUAUGUAGUAAGUUUAGGUCCUUUCAAAGUACCUUGUUUGCAUAAGCCUUCCCUGCCGAGCUCUCUGUGACAGGAUGUUGGCCCCACACACAUCCACACCCUCUAUCCUUUCUCAUUUCCGGGGGGCUUCCAUCCCUUGUGGGACUAGACCCCAAGAUGUUUCCGAGUUGUGCUUAUCCUCUCAGCAACUGGGAUGUUAACUGGAGGGCAGUUUCUGGUGUGUUUUCUAAGAAACUUCUGAAUUCUAGCUUAAAAAAAAUUAUAAAAUGAAAAUAAUUUUUUCAAUAUUUUUUAUUAAUCUUUUUAUAAAAUGAAAACUCCUGUGAUUAAUGAAGGAAGGCAGUUAUGGUGUGGUUUGUGGGGGUUUUGUGGUUAUUUUUUUUAUUACACCUUAUGUUUUAAAUAUAAAUUUUCUCAAAAGAUGUUUGGAGAAAACAAUUAUCUGGAAUGAGUCCCUAUGCUUGCUACAAGCAGAAUCAUAAGGAGUUCACAUAUAUGUUGUUAAAAAAAAAAAAAAGAGAGACUGCUCCCCUCCCCUUCCAUACCUUUGCCCUCUCCACCUUCAGAUGGUUGUGCUACUUUUGUUCCCUCACUUUGCUAAAUUUCUAUAGUUCAGUUGGUUUUACUUGAAUGAUUCAUGUUUAGGAAAAAAAUUUAAAGUUUGUUUCAACUCCUCCAGCAAAUAAAGAAAAUAAGCACUAGA